AUGGAGCCUAUGAGGGGCGUCUCUGGCGGUACGGGAAAGCAACCUGCUCAGCAAGAAAACCCUGAGCAGCUUCUCGACGUCUUCAAAGCAGCCGCUCUUUCGGUGACGAAGCUUUACAAAAUCUCCGCCGCCGGGCAGUCUAAGGCACGAGCCGACGGAUAUCAAGAUUGCCUCGAUGAUCUUUUGCAGUUCUUGGAUAAGGAAGGACUAGGCCUUAGCGAUGGAGAAGGAUGGAAGAUCCGCAAGUGGGCUACGGAACGACUUGACGGCCGCGAGAGCAGCUCUCUGAACACUGAGAGUGAGGACGAGGCGGAGAAGACAGAGACAGCUUCGUCUCCCGAACUGAACCGCCCGAAUGUCCCCUCUCAGCCAGCCAACCAAAUGCGAACCGACUCUGCGCCCCCGAGCAUUCCUCCUGUCAUCGAAGAGCCCACGCCGAUUGUCGUCCCUUCUCAAGAUACCUUCAACUUCCAGUCGUCACAUCCUUACCCGAACAUCGCUACUCUCGACUUGUCCGAUUCGAGGCCCCAUGAUGACUUCCCUACUCUUACACGACCGUCAAAAAGCAGACUUGCCAAUGGUUCUAGCCGGGCUUGCCCCAGGGGACCGGGACAUUCGGUGCAAAGAGCUGGGGCUAAACGCAAGUUGAACUUUGACGAAAUCUUCGAUCUUGGCAGCCUCAACGGAAAGGACACAUUCGGCGGCGGAGGCAAGCGUGGUCGGCAUGCUUAG